GCCCAGCCUCCAGGACACAACGACGCUCACGUACUCGGUGGCAGCGCUCGUCUUUUGCCACUUCCCUCCAGGCUCUCUGAUGCAACGAGAAAGCUGGGGAGCGGGCUUCUGCGCUGCCCGAAAGGGUUCUAGCCUGCUCGUCUAGCCCGAUGAUGGCUGUGGACAUAGAGUACAGAUACAACUGCAUGGCCCCUUCCCUGAGCAGAGAGAGGUUCGCCUUCAAGAUCUCUCCCAAGGCCAGCAAACCUCUGAGGCCCUGUAUUCAGCUGAGCAGCAAGAAUGAUGCCAGUGGAAUGGUGGCCCCGACCGUCCAGGAGAAAAAGGUCAAAAAGCGGGUGUCCUUUGCAGACAACCAAGGGCUGGCCCUGACAAUGGUCAAAGUGUUCUCAGAGUUUGAUGACCCGUUAGAUAUCCCCUUUAACAUCACUGAGCUCCUGGACAACAUCGUGAGUUUGACGACAGCAGAGAGCGAGAGCUUUGUCCUGGAUUUCGCACAGCCUUCCGCCGACUACUUAGACUUCAGGGACCGCCUUCAGACCAACCACGUGUGCCUUGAGAACUGUGUGCUGAAGGACAAAGCCAUUGCGGGCACCGUGAAGGUGCAGAACCUGGCCUUUGAGAAGCGUGUGAAGGUCAGAAUGACAUUCGACACUUGGAAAAGCUUCACAGACUUCCCCUGUCGGUAUGUGAAGGAUACCUACGCUGGUUCAGACAAGGACACGUUCUCCUUCGACAUCGGCUUACCUGAAAAAAUCCAGUCGUAUGAAAGAAUGGAAUUUGCCGUGUGCUACGAGUGCAACGGACAGACUUACUGGGACAGCAACAAGGGCCACAACUAUAGGAUCACCCGGGCGGAAUUAAAGUCUCAGGGGACAGUCGAGCCACAGAAUGCACCAGAUUUGGAACUAGCCUUUGACCAGUUUGGAAGCCCUCGGUGUUCCUAUGGUCUCUUCCCAGAGUGGCCUAGUUAUUUGGGGUAUGAGAAGCUGGGGCCCUACUACUAGGGACUGACACGGGCUAGAACCCUGGCUCCUGUCCCAAUGGGACGUAGACAGACGUCAAGCGAAGAAUACCAUGGAACAGCCAUUAGGCACAACGUUUUAAGAAAAAGGAUCCUGCUCACUUUUUUUUACCUUCAGCCAGCAAAUUCAGUCAGGUUUACUUCACAGAACUGGUUUCGCCAUCAUUCCCUCAGCAGGUUACACCGGAGGGUGUAUGCGGCAUGCUGGUCCGUGUGGCACCCAAGACAGCCACCACAGAGAUCAGAGUGGGUGGUGCCAGACAGGUCUGCUCGUGAACCAGGUCUGAGGGAUGCUGAUGGGGCCACAGGACAGGGCCUGACCAAGCCCACUGGGGGCGUGCCUGGGCUGCCAAGGGGAUCCAUUGCGCUCACCUGGGAUGUGGAACGCCAGCUGCAAGUGUGGCGCAGUCCCAGCCUCGCCUCCGUGAACCCUCACCAUUCAGCUGUGGCUGUUCCCCCAGCCAGGCCUUUCUGCACGUGGCUGCUGCUACCCGAGGGCUGCACGUGACGGCAGUAUAGGGAGACCUGGGUCUGAUGUUUCACGUUUCUGACACAGCUAUGGAAGAGAGAUGGGAUCUGUUCCUUUACUUCCGGUCCCUCUUUCUGUUUUGUUUUGUUUUUCUGUGCUAGCACAUGACUGCAAGCAAGUUCGUGUUUUGCAUUUUAUUUCCUUACAUGGUGCAUCUGAUGUUCAGGAAAGUGUAAUAAAGGCAAAUGAGCUUGUGACUGAUCGGCAUUUCCUUCCCCUCUUCCUGAGCCCGUACAUGUGAGCGAAACACCCCUGUUAGGUCUUGUCCCGGCCCUGGGCAGCGUUACUGAGGGCUGGGCUGUGACAAGGUAGGGCAGUCAUGAGUGGGGCGGUUUUAACUGUUUGCCUUGGCUUUUAAGGGAGCUUUCUAAGUAUUCACAUUUCCCCUUGAGUUGCCAGGCAGCAGCUCAAUUACAAGAUUUCUUUUUACGCAGGUGGCUGACUUGGAACUCUUAUUCCACCAAAAGAAUUGGGGCUCUCCUUUUCGGGAGAGUCACCUUUUGCACGGAGUUUAGGACACUGAUUUGCAGAUCCAACACAUCCACAAAGCCUUCAGGAAACCCUUCGGUUGGAUUGUGCCUGUGAUGCACAAAGUCCAGGACACUUUGCCAGUGCCCGGUGACUCGGAUGUUCUUGUUUAUGGUGUGGGGAUCUAAUGAUCAAGAGAAGGAAACUUCACCAACUCCUCAGCUUCUAUUUGGAGUCUUUGCCCACGCUGAGCCAUCAGAGAUGCGUUGUUCUUCGCCACCUUGGACAAAGUCUGCUGGCUAAUGUGAUUGUAAAAGAGACUUCUGGGUCAUUCAUUGUCCAAUGGAUCCCCCAGGCCUGAACUUUUUCUGGGUAGGAAGGGUGUGUAAUUGGGAGUGUUUUAAUAAUAUUUGUGUCUUAUUUGUAGAAGGUUAGGGGUUUUACCUUUUUUUUUUUUUUUGAGCUGAGUUAAAUGGCCUUCUCAUUUUCUUUUUGCCUGACUUACUCAAUGAAUUUCCUGAAGGAGGCAGGAGGAGGGCUCAGAGCUGGCUGGAGGUCGGUGUCUAGCUCCUGGACAAAAAGCAAAGGGCCUCCCUUUGCUGCACUCGGUAGACAUGGCCCGACAUCUCCAGGCCAGAAAAGUGUGUGAAGGUCUGGGCUCUGAGACUUUUAUUGUUUGUUUUAUUUUCAUGGUUUUAACUUUCAAAUGCUUAUUUUCUCUUUUUUUUGUUUGAGUUUUUAAAUAUUCUCACGUGUUGUUGUUCAGUGUAAUUCUUGUUCAUAAAAACUGGUGGUUACUAGUCUGAAAUCUAGUGCUUUAUGUCUGAGGGCUUCUCCCAGCUGAGUGGCACACUGAGAUUAUAUGCUCAUGUCAUGUAAGGGGAGGGAAGUCAGCUAUGCAUCCCAAGUUGCAAUGAGGCAGGGCUGUAUUUUAUGUACCCCGAUGAUACUGAUAUGCUUGAUGAUGGCAAUCAGAACUGUUCCCAGCUUUAGUCUGAAUCAAAGGUAAGCAAAACUGAGUUCAUGUAGGUCUUGAAUUUAUUUUAAGAUGCUCACCCCCCACCCCACACCCCAUACAGGAAAGGCAAGGUACAAAGUGCACUGUCAUGUAUAUGCUAUCACACUGAGGGUAACCAACUCAUUCUCUGUUUUGGCAGAAAAUGCCCCAAGUGACUGUCGCAUAACUCCCAGAGAUCCCAAGACAGUAAGACAUUCCCUUGUCAAAAUUUGAAAUAUGCUAAUGUAGUGAUAAGUAUCUCUUCUUAACCUUAAACCUUCCUCCUCCCUUCCAUCCCUCCACCCCCCUUCUGUGCUCCCAGCUCACUUGGCCUUUUGCUCGGGGCACUGGUUGCAAGCCCCCAUCCAGUGCACCUGGGACUCUCUCCUCACGAUCAGAAGACAAGUCCUCACCUGCUUGCAAAGACCCUCCCUGAUUUAAGAAUCUGAUUCCCUGACUUCUCUCCUGCUAGUUGUCCCUCAGAGCGGGAGCACUAGAAGAAUCCUAUUCUUUCUCUCCUGCUCCCUCCUCCCACCAUCCCAUCGCAGGCUUCCACCUUUGAGCCCCGUGGGGUACUUUAUUGAAGGCCUCAGGACUGCUCCGCCCAGCCUCUACUUACUUUAUUGCUACAGAGUCUAGACGGUGACCGGCUGCCCAAUGGGAGAUGGGUUGGCAGCCUCAUUUGUAGCUACGGCCCUCUGAUAGCUCUUGGGCAACAAAUGGCCUUGGUCUCAGUGCCCUUCGCAGAUUGUGCUCAAAGGAAGUAUCUCACGGAGGAGGGAGUCCUUUUCCCACUGCUUAUUCAAGGUCAAGAAACAGCUCCAGUUUUGUUAACAGUUCAUUCCCAGGAAUGCCCUAGGGAGCAUUUGCAAAACUGGUGCAAUAAAUAAGCUAGACAACCUAAGUAUAUGUGAGAAAUGAGCUUUCAGUGUUUCUUGGGAGUGAGUAUGGAGUCUUGCAGUUCUCCGGGAAUUAAGACAAUUUUAGAGUCAGUGAUAGAAUUAAUUUUAUAUCACAGAUAUAGUUUGAAGGUGGUAAGGCAUAUUCCUCUCCCCAUGCGUUUCUCUAAGAUGUCUAUUUUCAGCCUCUCGGAACUGCUUGGUUGCAAUCUUUAUCACUUGCUGUUCAGAAGACGCAUCGUCGUGUCACAUUGGCGUUAAAUGGGAUAUAUGUGUCUAUAAGCCAAGCAAGAGGGAGCUGGCUCAUAUUUUGAAGCACCUGUUUUCUGUUUGGUUAUGGUGUAUGGUUUUCCGCACCCGCUCCUCGGACGGUGAAUGGACUCUGGCACCUUCAUCAUUGGUUUCCACGUGGACAGUCCCCCAACCGGAGGUGGUUUGCCAGCACGGAGGCCCGGCCGCUCCUAAUAGCAAGUUGUCUGUCCUGACACAAUCACCGACACGCGGGGUGUGAAACUCCACCGGCUGAUGGGCCCUGACAGGGUCACCUGAUGCCCUUUGGCAGCUUAGUGCCUUUUCCUGCAUGAAACUACAUUGCAGGGGCCAGGCAUGGCCGCCCAGUGGUGGUAAAGCUGGGACCUCGCUUCGCAGUGGUGCUGAGUUCCCCGAGACCGCCGCAUUGGAGGGCUUCGGGGGCUGCCGUCACGGGUGCAUCGCCUCAUUCUCCCUCCGUGUGAAUGUAGAACCGGCCACGUGUCUUCAUUUCAUGCCCGAAAGUGCCUCAUCAAGAAACACGUUUGAGAAAUAAAUAUUUUUGUACACAAAGUUCAAGGGGAAAUGCACUUUAAAAAUAACAAACGGGGGGUGGGGUGGUAUUUUGUGUGGUAUUAAGUGAGUUGUUUGUUUAUAUCUCGGAAGUAAAAAGUCAAUAAAGAUAGAAAAAAUGUAA